AAUUUCAUCAAUAUACAUAUUCCAUUUUUCGUUGCAAUUAAGCGAAUCAUCUUCUCUCCCAAAUACACGUUUUGAGCAUCUGAAACGCAAAAAGGAUCCGAUUCUUCGUUUUGGAUUACGCUUUCUCUUCUCGAGGAGCUAAUGCGAACGUCUGACAGAAAUCAACACCGCAAACUGUUUCGCAUAUGGAUAAAACAGGUCCGUCUACUCAAUUCCAUUACGCUUUCAUUCUGGCUUAGACGACAAAAACCACCCACAUCUUUGGAUUGCAAAUGGAAUGAGUUAGUUCUUUGAUUUUUAAUCACACCCCUUUUUUUUAAUUUUAAUUUUGAUUCGCCUCUCUUUGAUUUUGGCGAAGAAUUCUGUCGUAUUCUUGAUGUAUCUGCCAAUUACUCACUUCCCAGAUCGUGAAAUCAUGAACCAUUAUUCCCCACUUUCUCAGUUCUUGAGAUAGAUAGAGAGAAAGAGCUUGUUGAUUGGUUUUCUUGAAUGGGUUUCUUAUCAUCUCUCUCGAAACAGAGGGGCUUUAUCAUUUUCUUGAAUCUCUCGUUUCUCUUAGUGGGUUGUGCUUUUUUGGCGAAUCGGUUUCACUCUUCAGAAUCCCGUUUUCAUGUUCUUAACAAAAGCUCGAGAAGAAUCCAUGGCAACCCUCAAGAAGAUUGCCAGAGUUUUCUUGGUUUAACUGAGUUUGAAGCUAAGUGCUCUGUUCUUAAAUCCAACAACCCCUGUCACACUGAAGGAUAUAUAGAUUAUCUUUACAUUUUCUAUUGUGAUUAUGGAAGUUUUAGCAUCCUGGGCUACACUCUGUUGUUUCUGUGGCUUCUUGUGUUGUUCUAUCUUUUGGGUAACACUGCUUCUGAAUACUUUUGCUCUUCCCUCGAGAGUUUGUCAAAAUUGUUGAAUCUAUCCCCAACAAUUGCUGGUGUUACUCUGCUUUCUCUUGGGAAUGGGGCACCUGAUGUUUUUGCCAGCCUUGUUGCUUUCAUGGGGGAUGGAACUAGUGAUAUUGGCUUGAAUACUGUUCUUGGCGGAGCCUCGUUUGUUACCUGCGUCGUCGUUGGAAUCAUAAGCAUUUUGCUGCGUCGGCGACAGAUUAAGGUGAAUAGGUCUGCCUUCAUUAGAGAUGUUUUGUUCUUCCUCUUGGUUCUUUUGUCUGUUUUCUUGAUAUUGCUUCAUGGUCAUAUCAAUCUGUGGGGUUCUAUUGGCUUUUCUUCCAUGUAUAUUGUUUAUGUCUUGGUUGCUUAUGUCUCCCAUGCUCAAUGGUUGAGUUUUAGAAGUGAAAUCUGUGAACCCCUUUUGAAAGAACCACCAAAGGAUGAGUUUGAGGGUCGAAAUGAAUCACAGGACAACGGUGACGAUGACGACGACAAUGAUGAUGUUAGAAUCGAUGUAUAUGAUCUCUGUUUUUGUCCAAGAUUAUCACCUUCUUGUCUUUUUUUCCUUCGCAUUCUUGAGAUUCCUCUUUACUUGCCUAGAAGAUUGACAAUUCCAGUCAUUGCUGAAGAAAGCUGGUCUAGACCAUUUGCUGUUGCUUCAGUGACAUUGGCUCCCCUUCUCUUAUCUCUUAUAUGGACAUUUCACCACCAGAGCGAGCCGUCGGAGUCAAACCUGAUUAUCUGCAUCAUCGCUUCGUUGCUUGGAGUCAGUUUUGGAAUUGUUGCAUCUGCGACGACUGAGAAUUCAAGCCCACCAAAGAAAUUCCUGUUCCCUUGGCUUGCAGCUGGCUUCACCAUGAGUUUAACGUGGAGUUAUAUUGUAGCUCAGGAACUAGUAGGCCUAUUAGUUUCACUUGGCUAUAUAAUGGGCAUAAGCCCUUCAAUCCUAGGACUUACCUUCCUGGCUUGGGGAAACUCUCUUGGGGAUUUGGUUGCUAAUGUGACCAUGGCCUUGAACGGUGGUCAGCGAGGUGCCCAAAUCGCCAUCUCUGGCUGCUACGCUGGCCCCAUCUUCAAUACUCUGUUCGGCCUCGGGAUAUCUCUUGUUGGCGCUUCGUGGAAGAAGUAUCCGCAGCCGGUCGCCAUCCCUCUGGACCCUUAUGUCAUGGAGACAUUGGGGCUGUUGGUAGGAGGAUUGCUUUGGGCACUUGUGGCUUUGCCAAGAAGAGAGAUGAGGCUUGAUGCUGUCCUGGGAGGAGGCCUUCUGGCUAUCUAUUUAACCUCUUUGCUCUUAAGGCUUUUGCAAGCUUUUGGUUCUUCCCAUUAGAACCAUUUGACACUCACUCUUACUACCAAUCUUCUAUCAACUUGAAAAUAUUUGAAAAAAAAAAAAGAAAAAGAACAAUGUGAUUGUGUUUUUCUAAUGUUGAUGAUGCAAUUAAUUAGUUAGUUUUGUGUAAAUUAAUUCUACUUUGUCAAUUUUUGUAACAGUUUAGACUUUUGUAAGGUUUGAUGUUCUGUAUCAAAAAUCAAAUCGACAUCGGCCAGAUUUAUCGAAACUCAAGAGAUAUUAAAUGUAUAAUUCAAUACAAGUCUUUGUUCUUUAGUGUGUACAA